AUGUUCCCCACCAUGAACCUCUUCACCCUCGUUCUCGCCAUCCCUGCUGUUCUCGCCGCCCCCGCAACUGAGGCCAAAGCAGCUGCAAAACAGGUCGUGGCCUGUGCUUGUGCCAAUGACGCAGGCCAGACCAAGCUCGACGGUUACUGCCAAUACAUUGCCGGCGGCCAUGUCAAUCUUGACGGCCAGAGCUACUGCUUCCCUGCCGCUACGUGGUCAGAGUACAUGGAGACGCGCUUUACAGCCGACUUCUGUCCUGGCUACUACCCUGGUUUCCCUAAGCCUGUUUGCAAGACUGUUACUGUUUGCCCUACGAUUGGCAACUACCAGGAUAUCUGCUAA